AGGGAUUGGCAGAGAGGGGUGGAGGACACUGGAGGCCAGUGGAGGGAUUGGCAGAGAGGGGUGGCGGACACUGAAUGGAGGUCAGUGGAGGGAUUGGCAGAGAGGGGUGGAGGACACUGAAUGGAGGCCAGUGGAGGGAUUACCAGAGAGGGGUGGAGGACACUGAAUGGAGCCAGUGGAAGGAUUGGCAGAGAGGGGUGGAGGACACUGAAUGGAGGUCAGUGGAGGGAUUACCAGAGAGGGGUGGAGGACACUGAAUGGAGGCCAGUGGAGUGAUUGCCAGAGAGAGGGGUGGAAGACACUGAUGGAGGCCAGUGGAAGGAUUGGCAGAGGGGUGGAGGACACUGAAUGGAGGCCAGUGGAGGGAUUGCCAGAGAGGGGGUGGAGGGCACUGAGUGGAGGCCAGUGGAGGGAUUGGCAGAGAGGGGUGGCAGAUACAGAGCGGUAGGCCAGUGAGGAGGGAGUUACAGUAGUCGAGGCGUGAUAUAAUGAGGGAGUGAAUGAGUUGCUUAGU